ACCGCGCACGCGCAUGCGAACCGCUCUCAGCUUGACACGAUAUCUACAAGGUACAAGCGCUCGCGCAUUCUCGCUAUCACGCGUCGACGGAAAACUAGCAGACUACAAUGACGAAAAACGAGAAAAUACAGAUCAGCCAUUUGAGUGGAAGCGUCGUCUCCGUCGACGGAGAUGGCAACAUCACCAAUGGCUACGGGGUGUUCCAAUCUCGGGACCAAAUUAUACCCGUCGUUUCUAAAUCACAACUGGACUUAGAGAACAGCAAGCAACCCAACGGCUUGCACGCUGGUCACCAAAUUAAACAUCCUACCUCGUACAUGGAUACAAUGUUACACUUGUUCAAAGGGAACAUUGGUUCUGGACUUCUGGCUAUGGGAGAUGCUUUUAAAAACGGUGGCAUUGUUUUUGCACCAAUCAUGACAGCUGUUCUUGGUAUCAUCAGUGUACACGCACAACACAUAUUGCUUAAUUGUUCAGAAGAAAUGUACCAACAGACAAAAAGGGACAAGCCGCCGGGAUUCGCAGAGACAGUGAGUUUGGUAUUUGCACAUGGACCCAUUCGAUUGAGACCGUUGGCGCCUACCAUGAAAAUUCUCGUCAACGCGUUUCUUUGUAUAACACAACUUGGUUUCUGCUGCGUUUACAUUGUUUUCAUCGCAACUAAUGUGAAAAUGAUUUGCGACGAAUACGGUAUCUACGCGGAUCUAUCGAUUCAUAUGAUAUUUGUUGUCGUACCGGUUCUUCUCUCCUGUAUGGUGCGAAACCUUAAGUACUUGACGCCGUUUUCGACUGUGGCGAACAUUAUGAUGGCGGUCGGAGUGAGCGCUGUAGUAUACGUGGCCGCUCAGGACCUGCCACCCCUGGAUAGCAGGAAAUACAUUGCGUCCUGGCAACAGUUACCUCUUUAUUUUGGAACUGCUAUUUAUGCUUUCGAAGGCAUAGGAUUGGUGCUGCCUUUGAAAAACGAGAUGAGAAAGCCGGAAACAUUCCAAAAGCCUCUAGGUGUAUUGAAUGUGGGCAUGGUGUUCGUCGGGAGUAUUUUCAUAUCGGUCGGCUUCCUCGGGUAUCUCAAAUGGGGUGAGGACGUAGCUGGGAGUCUGACACUAAACAUGCCGCGCGGACAUGUGUUAAGUAACGUAGUACAAGGGCUGAUUGCACUGGCCAUGCUGUUCACGUACCCGCUGCAGUUCUACGUGCCUGUGGACAUUACGUGGCCUGCUCUCAAGAAGAAAUACGGAGCCAAGUCGCCUGUCGCUAAGGAACUUGGAUACAGAGCUUUGCUGGUAUUACUUACUUUCAUCUUGGCCGAAUCAAUACCGCAGCUUGGCCUCUUCAUUUCGCUGGUGGGUGCCGUGAGCAGCACAGCGCUGGCGCUCAUCUUCCCACCGAUCAUCGAGCUGGUCCUGUUCUCACAAAAGUCCAAGGGAAUUUCAAUAUUUAUGCUCCUUAAAAACUUUAUCAUCAUUCUAUUAGGAAUUUUUAUCUUUGUGACUGGAACAUACGAAAGCAUUGCAUCUAUAGUAAAAGCGUUCAAAGAGUGAUUUGCUUGUUGAUUUAGGCGUAUCCUAACAUGUAGUAUUCCAAUCUCUCUGCAAUGGACUGAAUAAUGUUAUUUUUUGAUAAUAUUCAAGAUUUUUUUCUUCUUACAUUACCGCCUUCAGCCCGCAUGGAUGAAACUCACAAAUUUCUCGAAAAAUAGGUAGUACAUUGUUGCAGAGGUCGGGAAGCAAGGGAUUGCUGGACGAGUAUGAGUUAUUUGUAUUAAUACGAGUCAAGCGAUCCUAUCUCCGCCGAGGCUUACAUGGUGCUUUUCUCAAAAAAUGUGAGGAAAUAAUAAAAGAGAAGUUUUUCCAGGCACAUUCAAUAAUAGUCUGCUGAAAAGUGUAUCCAUUAUUGUAUUUUUGUUCUCGUUCUCUCACUAGAACUUCUUUUUGCGACGAACGAAAAAAGACCAAAAAAAGCAGAAAAGAAUACGAAAGCACUUUAUUUAUUUUACCGCCUUUUUUUCUUUAAAAAAAAAAAGCGGUUCAUGUAGAUAUUUUUAAUUCUCACAAUGACGAACACUUGCCGUUGGCUGUACGAGUUUUUCUUUUGCCUGUUUACAUAGUUCAUUACUAGUAGAUAGAUUUAAAAGUUUAGAUAAGUGGACUGUAAUGGAUUUCCCUGGAUUUUCAUACUUAGUCACUUUGAAGGCCGUGGGCUGGAAGAAGUCGCACGAUCCAUAAAUGAUAAACUUUCCGUGUUCGAUUUUUGAAAGUACCUAAUGGAAACAUUUCCGAGCAUGUUUGAGAAAAAGUUAUUUUUCUUAUCCAUAUAAAGAUGGCAGCUAAAAAACAUGUGACCAAAUUACAGAGUACAGCAGUAAUACGAUUACGAUUCACCGGUUAACCAAGUGACAGCUGAAGUUAUUUUACUUUUAGAUAUUUACCUAAACCUUCGUACUAUAGGGUCUAAAUUCAAUUGGCAAUUCUGCGCCUGUAGAUCAAUACGUUAACAUCUAAACAAGUUUUAAAUUAUACAUUAGAAUGUAUAUAACUUGGAAAACCUGUUUCAUUUAGGUUUAGUUUAGUCGUAAGUAUUAGAAAAACGAAAAGUGAACGUUCAAAUAAGUCAGUUAUAUCUUAGAGCGCUUACAUAACUGAUCGGCUUGGCCUUAAUAGCUUUUUUAAUUAAUAUACUAUCGAAAGUAUGUAAGUCACGCAUUGGAUAAAUCUGGAUAAUAUCAUAAGACAACAAAUAUAAAGAAAGUUAAAUAUAUGAUUACCAAAAGUAAUUUGUGUUGUCUUACUUGUAAUUACGUCUGUGGUUGAGGCAAUUAUUUAUAAUAAUUAUAAUACAACAUUUCUGAAAUACAAAGAUCGAAAAUUAAGAAAAAUCCCUUUGAUCUGGCUGGAUUCAGACCAGAACCAGCUCCCAAUUGAGCCACGGAAAUGCUAGUCACGCGUAAUUAUUCCCGACGAUAUUAUUCGUGUAGAAUCAAAACAACAAUAAAAUAACAUAGUUCAGAGUUCAAAUUAUUUAGAAGACUAAUUAAGUAAUUUAUUAGACAUGGAAAUUCGACGACUUCGGUGGCCUAACGGAUUACACUGUCCCGGGUUCGAUUCCCGGUAGGACCAAUUUGAGAAAUGACCUUUUCUAAAUUGGCUCUGGACUGGUGAAUUCCGUCGCCUUAGUACUCGUAGUACAGGGAAUUCUGACGCUAUCUUCGAUAUCAAUCUUCUUGCAAUGCC